AUGGACAUCGCGAGCCCACUGCUGCCGUAUCCCAACAAAGAUAUUUCUGUUCGUGAAGUUUUAAGUGGAAGGCAGAAUAAGGUUUAUGUAUAUUUUCUGAGUACCAACAACGAGCUGCCCAAGCUGACCCAUUUGAGUCUGAACCGAAACACGCUGUGCAAUAGUACCGGCUACGGAAUUCCCUCGACCAAAAUUACUGUGCAAUACAUACUAGAUCAAUCCAGAAAUCUACAAUACCGUGAAAUUUAA